GAAAAAUGCAACAGAAACAAUUCCAAAGUCAUCAGCGAGCUUUCAGCGGCAGACCAGCGUGCUCCUUGGGCAGAAUUUAGAGAUGCUCAGAUUCAAACGCCGGUUUCGGGAAGCCUCUCCUCAAUAAGUUCGACAAGAAUGUUGACAGGUUUGCCCAAUCUGGCUUCUGCAAUCGACAAAGUGAAACUCUGAACGACCGUUACGUUUUAGGGAGUCAGUCAAUGAACAAGUUGGGCGCUACCGUACACCGGUCAUUCAAUAACUGUUGAUUAGCCGAUAAGGAUCACCAGGAGUGAGCGCUGUAAAGCUAUAAAAGAGAGUUAUUAUCCCUGCGAGCUGAGUCAGUCGGUCAAAAUUGGUCGAACAGUGGCGGAGCGGUGACAAAAAUGCGUUGGCUAUUAGUUGGAAUCGUGUGCUGCGUGGUGAGCAACGCACAUUCCGAAGAAAUUGGAGCAACACCGUCGUUGAACAGGCAACUCGAGUCCAACGCCAAGUUACUUAGAAGCUCGUUGGAUGAGCUGGUAGCUCCACUGGGGAAGCUGGACCUCAAAUUUCGUACGCCGGCGAUCCGAAAGGCUGCCGAGAGCGUAACCGGUAUCGCGAGAUCCGUCGCGGACAUCGGGAGAAAGCUUGCGGACGGAUUUGAUAAGAUAGCUGCCAGGAGGACGGAAUCUGUGGAGAAUGUGGCCGAAACGGUGAGCAGCCCGUUUGAAGAAAUGGCACAGUUCUUUUCGAGUGAAGCUCCUGGACACGUGGCUAAUCUGGAACGUCUAAUGGGUGGUUUGAGUGGUGGAGAAUUCAGAACGGCUUUGGAAGGUGUUAACCGAGCUUCCGUGGACAGUAGCAAGGCCGUGGAACGGCUGGCCAAGGGAGCUUUGAAAGCAUCUGGAGAUUCUAGCACACCUGACGUCGGACCUUCAUUGCUCACAAUUCGAGACCAGGUUAAUGUUCUGGCACGUGCGGUUGAAUCCUCUGCUUCAAACAUUAAGGAAGCCAACACCCAGAUGGAACUCGCCGGUCUCGUGGCACCCGUUAUAGACAUUCCGUUUGAUCCAAAAGUCUGGUUCGAAUUCAUUUUGUUCGACUUUGAAGUUGCAGCUGCGGUUGACCGCUACCAAACCGCUGUUCGGAAUGUCCACACGGAUCUGUCCGCAGCAGUUCGACGGCUGGACAUUUUUGCCCAGAACAAAGACCUGCAACCACUGAUCGAGUCCCACUCGGAGGCGUACACCCAAAUCUACUACGAACUCACCAACCGCAACCAAACGGACGUAGCCACUAUCCAGCGGGGCUUCGAAUCGAUCCGAACCAACGUCUCGGACAUCAUGAACAUUACCGGAACCCAGUUCUACACGGAGAUGCACGCCGCCGAGGAUGCCCUGGCUACCAUGUUCCUAGCCCGAAACUCGUUCGCAGCGCAGUGUAGCCGCACUCACACUCCGUCCAUAACGGCGUCCCUCGCGCCCCUUCAAGGUGAAAUCGUGACCUGUCUGUCCCGGGAACGUCUCCAUCUUCCCAGACUCGGCGAAAACGUCAACAAAGUGUUGCAGCUACUCCAAACCAACAACGUGGACUUUGCCGCGGACAUUUCCAGCUGCACUCGGUUCCCUCUGGCGUCCCCCAACGAUCAGGGGCUCAACCAGGCUCGGGGAUGUCUGGAGACAAACCUCGACGAGCUAAACCAGUACCGGCAGUUGUUGAGCAGCGAGUUGGAUCAGCUGCAGACGGUGGUCCAACUGGAAGCCGAUGCCAGCGUGUUUCGGACAAACUUGUGCAUCAAGCAGAGCACCAAUGAGGCUGCAUCGUUGCUGAAGGGCAUUCAGCGGACUAUCAACAGGUGUGCUGUUACCGGGAUGUGA